AUGUGGACCUCCACCCGUCUCCGAGUCGCCAUCGCCAUCCAAUUUCUUCCCGGUCUUAUCGCUGGUCUCGCCACGUUUUUCAACGAGACCCAACUGUAUAGAAACACUAAAAAUGGACUAGUUCCAAGGUUCAAAAGUGAGAUAUUCAUCGCCGUCUUGUUCGGAAUAGCUGGUGCAUUUCUUGCUACAGUAUGUAUAUAUCUGAUUAUGGCUUAUUGUUAUCUACUGUUUAUGUUAAGGAAGAGUAGCAAUGCCAUAAAAAACACCCAAUUCGCAAAAUCCAGUGAUGUCAUCAAGAAGAAAGAGGUCAAACUAUUCAUCAUGAGUAGUAUUACCGUGACCAUCCAAAUGUCAAUCCUUGUCCUUGUUAUCAUCUACGCCACGUCACUUCUUAAUUUCCCACUCGACAAGUUUUAUUUUUUUUAUAAUGCUAUCAGUGAUCUCUACGCGGGCAUCAAUCCAUAUCUUCUCUGGAUAUUUUCUGAUUCUUUGAGAAAACAUAUUUAUAUUCGACUCGGACUGAAGAAGAAGAGAAGAGUGCCGAGUUCUUCGGUGGUUACUGUUAAUUAA